AUGGCCGUUAUGAUGAUGCGCCGUGUGAUGUGUGUGUUGGCCGUUGUGCUGUGCUCUUUGGUUGUGAGUGGAGCCACAGAGGCUGUCGAUGGUGAAAAUGAAAUCAGUGAAGAACUGAAAACCAUUACUGAUUUAGCAGGAAGAGCCGUUGAGUUUGUAAAGGCAAGGAAUGUGACGAAGGAGGAGACUUUGAAAUUGAAAGAUCAAUGCAAUGCAGCUGCAGAACAAGCCACAUACUUAACCAGUAAAGCCAAAGAGUUUGUCGCGGAAAUUAAUGAGUUGGUUGCAAAAGCGGAGACUGACGUAUCCGAUCUGGAGGUUGAGAGGCUGAAAGGUGUUAAACUUCUCGAGAACCUGAGGUGGGUCGUAGCCAAUGCACGAGAUACCGCAGUGCUAACUAAAGGAACAAAAAUGCCAAUGAUUGAAAUGGGAGAGAAUGCUCGUAAUCUAUUAUAUGAAUUUAAGAGAUUACAUGAGAACCUUAAAAAAACCACUGAGAACAAAGACCCAGCAGUUCCACAAGAUGAACGCAAGAACAAAACACUCAAGCAGCUUCACGAAAAGGUAGAGGCCGCAUUCCCUUAUACCGAUGACAAGAGUCUGCACCAUUUCCUCUUUGCUGGUAUCGAUGCCGCAGAUGAAGCACAGAAGGCGGCACUAAACGCUGAAACUAUUGUGAAGCGUGCGCAAGAAGCUGAUAACCUUUUGCAGGAUGCCUUGGGGAGACUUAGUACUGCAGUUACUGCUGCCAAGGAGAGAAUUAAAGAAAUAACACCACAAGAAAACCAAGGAUCAUCAAAUAACACAGAGGAUCAGAGUGCCCCUAGCGACUCCAAUCCUACCCAGCAACCAUCACCUGCAAGUACGACUGCUAUAACAGGCUCAAAAGAAACCAAUACUACUACUCCACCGAGCACUGAGAACACUACCCCAGAAGCACCAACCACCACUCCAUCUCCUGUUGCUGUACCCGACACAGUGAUCAGCAGCAACACUAUUGCCUCCGCUGUACAGAACAAGGCUAAUGCUGACAGAAGUGUCAGUCCUGUGUGGAUGCGUACUGCAGCUCCGCUGUUGAUUGUGGCUGUGUUGUUCUCCGUUACUGUGUACUGA